UCGAAGCUUGGACAAAUCGACUAUGCCCAUCAGUUGUUCGACGAAUUUCCCAACCGACAUGUUUUCCGGUGGAAAGGCGAGUCAUACCUCCCGUCACAGAGGUCGAUGCCGCCUACAAAACUCACAAUCCUUCUCUUGUUUGAUUGCCCGCUCGGCAAAUCACUAACGACCACAACAAUUCUCUGUUGCGGUCACGAGAGACGUCGAAUAACUGAAUCUUCACGUGGAUCUUGGAUUCUCGCUUAUCGGGUUUUUGUUCUCGUCAAGUAUCUCAACCCACCAGUCGAUUUCUUCGGCGUCCAAGAGCUCGUCGAUAGGCACACAUGCCCUCCCGAU